GUUAUGAGCAACUUGAACAAGUAACCGGUUCACUAUUUUAUUUAUUUAUUUUCUGAACAAAAUAACAACUAUUAAGACUAGAAAGUGUUAUAAACGUUUAAAAAAUGAUCAAACUAUCGGCAUUAAAUAAUGAGUCUGAAGAAGAAAGUAGAUCAGAGGAGGAGGUGACUAGAGAAGCUUUAGAACAGAUUGCACUACAGCAGUAUGCGAAGGCUCUCGAUUUGCAGAAAAAGGGUUGCCUUCCUGAUGCUACGCAACUUCUUAAAGAUUUAUUAGAUACAGAGCUGCUCUAUGAUGUCAAGAAGCCGGCGCCAGGUGAAAAAGUUACCGGCCCAUUAUUUAAUUUGAAGUAUUUGUGUUACAAGAAUUUGGCGUCAAUGCUAAGUUCUGCCGGGCAAAUUGAUGCGGCUAUAGAAUGCUAUUGUUCAGCGUCUGAUCUCGACGAUACGGAUGUGACACUCUGGCAUCACCUUGGCCAAAUUUGUAUGAAGGCUAAAAAGUAUGAAAUGGCCCUCCAAGCUUUCCAGCGCGGCACGGAGCGCAAUCCCCGCCACUGGCCAUGUUUGGACAAAAUCGUUACACUCCUUUUGGGCCUGGAUUGCAAAGAAGAAUGUAUUGCCACUAUCUAUGAUGUUUUGCAACUUGAUCCCGGAUAUUUGCGGGGGAUAGCUUAUAGAAAACAUAUUUAUACUACAUUUCCUUAUGUAAGGGACUACUUAGAAUAUCUUAAUCCUAUGUAUAAAUGGAAUGAAAAAGAUGAUGAGCCAUUUGACGAAGAGAAAGCAGAGAAAUUGGUGAAGGAAGCUGAUGAAAUCCAUGAAACAUUUUUGGAACAACAGAGGGCCGACCAGUUCAAAUGUUCAAUGCCGAUUUUAAAGUUAAAGAAACCUAUUACUAGUCUCUCUUGGGCUUCAGUUGGAGAAUCUUUAGUCCACAUGCAUCAUUUCAUGACAGAAAACUGCUUUAGCCAUGCAUGUCAUAUUGAUAUAGUCUUUGAAACAGAAGAAAAUGUGGAACCAAUGGAGGUACAAGAGGAAUCAAAAGGAAUAGAAAUUGUGGAGAAUAAACCUGAAGACACUAAUACAGACACUGAAAAAAAUGCAGAGAACAUUUCUGAAAACGAAAAUAAUGAUCUUUCUGAUAAAGAUAAAGCAACUACUGACACAGAGAAGGUUGAAAGUGAUGUUGAAAUUGUGCCAACGGAACCAACUUCAGAGGUUCCACAAGAACCUAAACAGAAAAAAGCUCCGGUCAGGAGAAGAGGCAGUGAUCUUAGUUUUUUGCAGCAAUGGGAAUGGUGCAACAAACGCCGAUCUGGUCGUAAAAAGCAAGCCAAUACAAAAGAUCGUCUUGAUGAUAACAUUUAUGAUAUGUUACGAAGAAUGGUCCCUGUUUGUCUUACUCCAGAAAUUGUGGAAAAAAAAGAAAACCAAGCAAGAGAGGCAUCACCUGAUAUGACUGACCUUGAUAAAAUGUUUGAAGCAAAAGAGAAAGAAAAUAUUAAAGAAGUUGAGGUAUAUUUUGGAUCAGAAGAGGAACAUAAAGAUGUUAAGACUUUUAUCACUAAAUACAUAGAAUUACGAAAGGACAUUAUUGAUAUUUUAAAAGAUUAUCUUGAUAUUUUAGCUAAAAAAUGGAAAACACAGUGGCCUGAUAAUCUUCCAAAAAUAUUCAUAGAAGCAAGUAAAUGUUAUUAUGGUCAUGUUGAUACACCUUCAUAUGGAAAUGAUAAUACUGAAGAUUUGAUACAAUAUACUUUUGUGAAUGUCUUAGUUGAAGAGUUUUCAGUCAAUGAAAAGUUUAAUUCAAAUACAGAUGAAGAACAGCAACAUGAUUUGAGUGCAGUUGAUACUAUUGGUCUAGGGUUAAAUUUGAAGCCACAUCUAUUUUCAAGUACAGACUGUUUGGAAUUGACACUGAGACAUCUUUGGGUUAAAUUACACAUCCACAUGUUGAAUAAAUGUGACGAGAUGGCCUUGGAUUGCCUUUAUCAACUAUCUUAUGAGUUUGAAGCUAUGGGUGAUUUUCAUGAUAAAUAUAAUUUAAACCUAAUCAAUUUCACAUUCAAACCUGUAAUUAAUGAAAUUGAAAUAUCAGUAUAUAUACAAUUUUUGGAACGAAAUAAAAAAUUGUCUACAGUCAUGGAUUUAUAUAGCAGCUGUAACUAUGAAGAGGUUUUGGCUAUUGUAAUCGAUUCUUUUGAACACUGUAAGACUAUGGCCAAAAAACAAGAAGAGGAAAUGUCUUUAGAUUUUGCUGUACAGCUUUCACUUAUUUUAGACACUUACUGGGCACUGGAUAAGGUUGACGAAUGUUUCAAAUGGUCAUUGACCUGUUUGCAUGAGGCACUUAAACACUUUUUUCGUUACACAAGUGGUUCCUCGGAUUAUGACAAGUGGACUUUGACUGUGGUCAAAAUUUUAAGUUGUAUGGAACAUAUAUUGUCAACUGAGGGGUUGGCGUGUUUAGAUGAAGUCUCACGAAAGGAACUCAGCCAAGGUUUGGAAGACCUAAUUAGAAUAAUUGGUCAUCAAGUGGAGACAAAUGCUUCAGAAAUGCCCUUUGGCACAGUAAUUCCUUGGAUAAUUAUGCACUAUAUACUACAAAGGGAGGAAGACCAAGGAAGAGGAAGGACUGUAGAUGAAAAGGAUAAAGCUUCAGGUGAUGAUAUCCCUAAUCCAUUGAUGAUUUUGUUCAUAGCUCAUGAACAGUUGGGAAAUAGAGGAUGGUGUGCGGCAUCUGAAGCUAAAUUAUUAUAUUUCACUCUUGAUACAGUUGUGCCACGGUUGCGAUCUCCAGUUCUGGCUAAAUAUUUAGAACAAAUUACUCAAUAUAUGGAACAAUGCGUGUUUUGCUUGUUCGGACAUCCAGCAAAGAAACACAAGUUGAAAUAUUUGAUUGACCACAAUGUGACUCCUCAUUCUUUAGAUUGGAAUAGAGCUCAACAAUUAUACGAGAUCUUUAGACCCCCAGUGCUACCAGCGUUGGAAGGGAAGAUUUCCGGUAUAACAGCUGAUACUGAACAACUGUUUCAUCAUAUCCUUGCACUUCUGCCCCCAGAAUGUGAUCCACAAAAAUAUGUUGCAGAAAUGGACAAAUACAUAAAGAAUGUAGAAGAUAAACUACCAGUAGUUCCACCAUUGUUGCCAUAUAAGAUGAAAGACAUUUAUUUCCUUUUAGGUGAUUAUUAUUUCAAGAAAGAAGAGGGUAAGAUGUCUGUCAAGUUCAACACUUUAGAUGUCAUUAUAAAUAAUGAUCGAUUAGAAUCCUGGGCGGAAAUAUCACUGGCUAAAGUUGUUAAUGUAGAGAGACUAUUGAAUUCUUGCAAGAAUCUCAAACAUGAAAGAGAAGUUUUGAAUCCAGCUAAAUCAAUAAUUCGAUGCUUCAAACGGACUUUGGAUUUAGAUCCAACACAUUCAAAUAUGUGGAUUGAGUAUGGCAUAUUUGUGUAUAUGAUACAUUCAUUUUGUUCGAGACUGCUUAAACAAGCCAGCGAAUCACUGAGCAUGGAAGAUUUUGAAUCUUUAGAAAAACAGAAAGAAGAUAUGUUAGACACGACACAUAAAUGUUUCACGACGGUUUUGAAUGAUCUCAAUAGUAGUCACGACAGCGAGAAAACAAAUGAAGAUUCCUGGCUUCCAUACUACAUGUUAGGGAAAGUUGCCGAAAAGCGAAAUAAACCACCCGCCGUUUACUUGCAGUAUUAUAUGCAAGGUGUAAAGAAUUUACAAGAAACAAAUGCCGUAUAUCCAUUAAAAAUUAAUUAUAGUACUCCACCACAUUUAAGCAUAGAAGUAUUAGAGUUGCAUUAUAGGAUUCAUGCAUCUAUUCUAAAAUAUAUUGAACAACAUGAGAAUAAGCCUAUUCCAGCGUCAGUCGGUAAGAUUUUCAAAGAGUGUUUAGCAGAAUGGAAGAACGGACCAUUUACAAAGAAACCAAAGAAAGAUGGCAUGCCUGAAAGUGAAACCGAACCUAAAUCGGCAGAAAUGGUACAAGCAGCGAACAUUUUGAAACGGUCCGUAAGUGAUGCAGGUGAAGAAGAAACGAACGAAACGAAACGUCUCAAGUUAGAAUCGGCAGCCGCUAAAGUUCGCAGAUCAGCGUCCUAUGACACAGAAAGGAUCGCCAAAGAUACUUCGGCUGUCGAAAAAAAUGCUGAACCAAAACCAGAACCUGAAACAGUUGCAGAGAACAAAGAAGCGGCAUUAGAAGAAGUGAAGAUAGAUAAAACAGUGGCAGAAAAACCAGCCAGUGUAACAAGCCCUGAUAAUAAGAAAGAUACAGAGAAAAAAGACGAAUCUUCUAGUGGGACAUCGUCUUCAUCAUCAUCCGAUUCUAGUUCCAGUGACUCGACGUCGGAUAGCACCAGCGAAUCUAGUCGAGAUAGCGAAUCGAGUAAAUCAUCUAAUGAACCUAAACCAUUGACUGAUGACGAAAUUAUGGCGAUUGUUUCCGAUUGUUUAGACGCUCUUGAAGACUGCUCUAGCCGUUUCCCACAGCAUUACAAAGCUAUUUACAGACUCGCCCAUUAUCACUUCUACUAUAAAAAGGGAAAGGAUAUUGAAAGAUGUCGAGAUCUUAUGCUUUCAAACUUUACUUCGAGAUCUGGGCAGAAAUUGGGCGGACUGUUUAGCGAACGAAAAACUUCCAAUUUCUUUAACAAUGUCUGGAAGAUACCCGUAUCGGAGGUAGACAGAGCCGGUGGAUUCGCGUUCCAUAUGAGUCGUUGUGUCCUUCUGACUAUGGAAAUACUGAAAGAGAUUGACGAUCAUAAAACCUUGCUAGAUUUGAGUCUACAUCUUCAAAGAAUACCGGAAUCGGAUAAGAAAUACUUACGAGAUGCUGACAGGGAAGAACUUGCACAGCAGGCAUUUUCUUUAUGUGUACAAUCACUCAGAGGACAAUUGACUAAAUUCAUACAACAAGCAGACUUAAAGAGUAAUGAGGUCGAAAAACAAGCGCUCAAAAGUCUUACGUUGGAUAUUUAUAGAGCACACCACAGAGCACAGAAACAAGCCCAAUCAAAUUCAAAGCAGUUUACAAACUUGCUCGUCGAAGCUUACAAACUGAUUUGUCCGACUCCUAUAACUGAAAAUAUGAAUCUUGUAGAUAUGAGUUUGAGGUAUUGUCACUCGCUCACACAAAUUUUGAAGCAGCAAGCAACACAGGCGAGUUUGGAUAAAAGUCAGAAGGCGGAGAAAAAGCAGAACACUAAAGCAGCUGAGAGUGUUAAGGCGACGGCUUCGAUACCUGUUGCUCCGGCGAGCAAACCUGACCACAAGACUACAGCAUCGACGUCAACGGCCGCGGCUGCAGCCACUUUACCAAAAAUGUCUAACCACGAAGUUACAGCUGCCAUACAAAGCUACUUGUCCAUGUUGAAUGAUCCAUUAUCGCAGCAAACUGCGGCCGCGUUGUCCUCGCUCUCAUACCUCAGUAAUUUAUCAGCUCUUGCUGGUUAUUCAUCGCUCCAAAACACUCUACAUUCAUCUUUGCAAAAUUCGCUAAGCAAUUCCUUCCAAGCGGAAUUUUACCGCCAAUUCCUCUCUCAGGGCUUCUCGUCUUACAAUUUGCCAACUUCACCUCCCAAAAAGCAAAAACGUGGACCGAAGCCAUCAAACCCAUUGCCUCGACCAGUGACUACUACUGCGUCUCAAGUCAAGCCCCCUAAGUCAUACGGAACUGCAUCGAUGAUGACUUCUACUGCAAAAUCUACAUCAAAUUUAACCACUGCAAAAUCUACAUCAAAUUUAACCACUGCAAAAUCGACAUCAAAUUUAACUGCUCCCAGUCUUCAAAAGUUAAGUUCGGUAACUGGUCUUUCAAAAUCAGUUACUGGUCAUCAAAAAUCAGUUGCAGCUCCGCAAAGAUCGGUGUCAGCUCCUCAAAAACCAGCGCUAUUAGCGCCUUCAAUGGGCACAGUUCUACCAACUUUACCGGCGUCAAUGACUGCGAAUCUGUCUUCUUUCGGCGGGUCUUCUAACUCUUCAUCGCACACUUACUCCGCACAUUCUAAACCAUCCACCGCUCACAUGUCUAGUGCGACUACCGUCUCAGCUAUUCACACGAAACCGCCAUUGCCACAUACUCAAGCCGGUUCCGGGAAAACGCUGCAAGAAAAGUUGGCAGAGCGUCAGAAACACAUACCGAAGGCACCAACUAUACCUUUAGAUAUCAACGCUUCUAUAAGCAAGUUGCCUUCUUCGCUGACUAUUACGAAGACGUCUGUGCCGAAGCAGCCUGCGGUCCAACCGAAAAAAGGCGAAGCAAAGAAGACAGUGCCGAAACCUAUAUCUUCAGAUGAAGUUAUUGUACUUGAUGAUGACUGAAAGCACUCGUUCAUAAUUUAUUAUUUAAAGGUAAACAAAGAAACAGCAAAAUACAGUUUCGACGUGUAUAAUGUAUAUAUUUUUUAUGAAAUUUUGUAGUAACUGAUUACUUUCUUGAAUUACUAUGUCUGGAUAACUUAAUAAGUUGUUGUGUGCUUUUUUUUAGUGUAAAACAAUAUUAAGAUAAAAUUUCACUGAUAUUUAAUUAAAGUGAUUGUUGAUAGUAAAAAUGAAAAAUAAAUGGGUAAAAAUAUACCUUACAAUGAAAUCUUUGUCCCCCUUUAAAUAAUUUAUUACUAAAUCUUCUGUUAAAAAUAAAAACAAUUACCAAUGUAUUUUUUUGUGAUGUGAUAUAUUAAAAAUGGAUUGUAAAUUAAUACAACCGAGUCGUUUA